AUAAACAAGAAAAUCCAUGCUAAAAGAUCUUUAUUAUUAUGUUUUUGUGAUGGCUUAAUUUUUGAAUAAGAAAAAUUUGGGUGAAGAAAACAUGAACGUUAAUAAACAACAGUCAACAGAAUAUGCUGGUCGAAUUCCAAUACUAAUUCCUUUUGGGUUUCUACUUUGUAGCAUAUAUGGAUAAUGAAGUGAAUGAGGUCCACAUGUAAUAUACAUCUUAUCCAUAAACCAACCAAUGAGGCUUUAAACAUAACUCCCAUCAGACUUGAAAAAAGGUCAAUUCAUUCAUUUGAAUCGCAAUCAUAUUCAUAUCAUGGCUCAUUCACUAACCCAUGCGGUUGUACCCAUCUCAACCACCACGACUCCUCCGUCAAAAAACACAUCCUUCCGUCCAUCUCUUUGCCAUAUCCCUCGCAGGGAUGUUGCGUUGUGCUUGGUUGGUGCAGUGUUUGGGUUGAGCAUCGUGGGUGAUAGGAGUGCAGAUGCAGCAGCAAGGCGGCCCCCACCACCUACUCCAACAGAGAAGAAGGACCCGAAUGUAAGUGGUGUAUUGGCUAAGGUAAUAGCAAGCAAGAAGAGGAAGGAAGCAAUGAAAGAGAGCAUCGCCCAGCUAAGGCAGAAAGGGAAGGUCAUCAAUGAGCCAUCAACACCAACAGAAUGAGUGAAACUCAUUAGUAUAUGGUUCUUUUAGAAAACCAACCAUAGACUUUAACUCAAGGGUUAAGCCUCGUUGUAUUGAGCGUUACUCAAGAUCAUAAUAAAAUUCAUAUUGAUUGUUUUAUCAAAAUUACCAUAGACAUUGGGUUCUAUAAUGUUUAUACAUUUCCAAAUUAAAAUAAAAUAAAAUUCAACGUACUAUCAUACAC